AUGGCAUUCGACGACGACGAUAGCAAUACUGUCGUUGCUGCGCCGACGGGCGACGCACAGCAACGUGCUACUCCCAACAAUGUCGCGAGAGCAGAGGAUGCCAUUGACGAAGAAGAGGACGAAGAGGGCGCGCCGCAAGACUUCCGACACUUUUCUUCCCUCUUUAGCAAGAAAAAAGGGGUGUCCAGUCAAACGCUACGCCGUGGCGAGAAGGACUUUGAGACACACGGUACGCGCGCUCAAGAAGGCCUAUUGGAGCAGAGCAGACGGGCUAUGGAAGAUGUUCUCAGCUAUACAAGAGUGCACGGUGCAAAGAACUGGUGUCGCGGCUGGUACAUGCCUGACAUAUGGGAGAAUUAUGAGACUUCCACAAAAGACAGGGAGGUUAGUCCGGAGUUGCGAAAGCGCGAGAUCUAUGCCAGGGAGAGGGUUGUGGGAGUGGACUCGCCCAACGGCAAGUGGUACAGCUCCAUGGGCAGCAACAUCCCUAACCCGGAUAGGUCGCAACCAGGAUGGGAUCGGCUCUGGCUACUGCCGGAGGAGGCUCUCUUUCUGGUUGAGCGCGGCUCUUUGGAUUUGUGGUGGCCGACGCGUCCCGCUGCGGAUAUAUGGCCUUUACCUCGGAACCCUAAGGACGUCGGCGACGGAAGCGAGGAGGAUGACGGUCCACGCCAGAGAGCACCGAAACCAUCCAUGGGUCUAGGGCUAGAUGACGACUAUAACCUCGGCGUUCCUCUCAGUCUUCAGGCGGCUUACUCGCUACUUAUAGGCACCGAAGGGGAAAGAGGUAAGGUGACCCUCGAAAAAUUCCAGGUCUACGCCAAUCUCAGAAGGCAUGGGUAUAUCGUUCUUCGGGCCGUGGAUGAGCAUUUUCCAGAGUGUACCCCGGACACGCCGCGCUCCCUUCUUCAUUGGCUCUUUUCCUUCGUCCCAUCCGCACAUGCUAGCCGCCUGUCGCCUGCGCCCUACGGUCCGCUAGUGAAACCUGGAGUCUACCGAUCAUAUGAACAAAUAUUUAAGCAGUUACAUCUCAUACAUCGCCACAGGCCUGGUGAAAAACAUAAGCCAGCAGAAAGUUUGGCCGAGAGUAAUCCUUUCAAGAUCCAUUACCACGUCUGGAAAGCAUCGACAACUGGUCUUGCCAAGACUCGGCCUCCGCCUCCUGACUUCUACAUCUCUGUUGUCGAUGCGCGAACCACGGCCGUACCGUCGUUGUCGGAGAUAUCGGCUUUGCUGGAAGCCACACCUCCCAACCCGCCCAGAGAGACAUGGAAGGGACAUGGAAUGCUAUAUCCCAGACUGAAGCAUGGACAUCGCAAUGUCAUUCUUGCAGUAGUCGACCACGGAAUUGUCAACUACGUUAGGUUUGGCGAAGGAGCGUUUGGGUCGGAGCCGAUAUCAUCGAGAUUCGACUAUAUAGCAGCGCCAAAGGGUGGAAAGAGAGGAGGCGGUGGAGGCGGUAGGGGAAGAGGAGGUGGUCGCGGUGGAAGAGGGCGUGGUAGGGGGAGACACCGAGCUUGA